AUGCUCGAUCAAACAUCAAAUGAUGAUGAGAUAAAAAAUAUUUAUCAUAUACUUGCCAUGGUUAAUGAUAAUCAAGGAAAUUAUACUCAAGCAAUUACCUUUUAUGAAAAAUCAAUUGAAAUUCAACAAAAUAAUCCUUCUCAUAAUUAUAUUGAUCUAGCUACUUCUUAUAAUAAUAUUGGUAUGGAAUAUGAUGAGAUGGGAGAAUAUUCAGAAGCACUUUUCUAUUAUGAAAAAGCACUUGAAAUCUAUCAAAAAAAAAUCUUCCUUCCAAUCAUUUUAAUUUAG